AUGUCUCUUAACGGUACUGCCCCUCCUGCUUAUGAGCUGUUCUCUAACAAGACUCGUGCUUUUGUGUACGGUCUUCAACCUAGAGCUUGUCAAGGUAUGCUUGACUUUGAUUUCAUCUGUAAGAGAGAUGUUCCCUCUGUUGCUGGUGUUAUCUACCCCUUUGGUGGUCAAUUCGUGACUAAAAUGUACUGGGGUACUAAGGAGACUUUGUUGCCAGUUUACCAACAAGUCGAGAAGGCUGCUGCUAAGCACCCCGAGGUCGAUGUUGUUGUCAACUUCGCGUCUUCUCGUUCUGUUUACUCGUCUACCAUGGAAUUGCUCGAGUACCCUCAAUUCAGAACCAUUGCCAUCAUUGCUGAAGGUGUUCCUGAGAGAAGAGCCAGAGAAAUCUUGUACAAGGCUCAAAAGAAGGGAGUCACUAUUAUUGGCCCUGCUACUGUCGGUGGUAUCAAGCCCGGUUGUUUCAAGAUCGGUAACACUGGUGGUAUGAUGGACAACAUUGUUGCUUCCAAGUUGUACAGACCCGGUUCGGUCGCUUAUGUUUCCAAGUCCGGUGGUAUGUCCAACGAACUUAACAACAUCAUUGCUCAGACUACCAACGGUGUCUACGAGGGUGUUGCUAUUGGUGGUGAUAGAUACCCCGGUACCACCUUCAUUGACCACAUUCUCCGUUACCAAGCUGACCCCAACUGUAAAAUUAUCGCUCUUUUGGGAGAAGUCGGUGGUGUUGAGGAGUACCGUGUUAUCGAGGCCGUCAAGUCCGGUAAGAUCACUAAGCCUAUUGUGGCUUGGGCCAUUGGUACUUGUGCUUCUAUGUUCAAGACUGAGGUUCAAUUCGGCCAUGCUGGUUCUAUGGCCAACUCUGAUUUGGAGACUGCCACUGCUAAGAACGCUGCUAUGAAGGCUGCAGGAUUCCAUGUUCCUGACACUUUUGAGGAUUUCCCCGAGACCUUGGCUCAAGUUUAUGAGACUUUGGUCAAGAAGGGAGUUAUUGUUCCUCAACCCGAGCCCGAGGUGCCCAAGAUCCCUAUUGACUACUCUUGGGCCCAAGAAUUGGGACUUAUCAGAAAGCCUGCUGCUUUCAUCUCGACCAUUUCUGAUGAUCGUGGUCAAGAGCUUUUGUAUGCUGGUAUCCCUAUUUCCGACGUUUUCAAGGACGAUAUUGGUAUUGGAGGAGUCAUGUCUCUUCUGUGGUUCAGACGUCGUCUGCCUGCCUAUGCUUCUAAGUUCCUUGAGAUGGUUCUUAUGUUGACCGCAGACCACGGUCCUGCUGUGUCUGGAGCCAUGAACACCAUUAUCACCACCAGAGCCGGUAAGGACUUGAUUUCAUCGCUUGUUUCUGGUUUGUUGACUAUUGGUACACGAUUCGGAGGUGCUCUUGACGGUGCCGCUACCGAGUUCACUAAUGCCUUUGACAAGGGUCUGUCGCCCCGUCAAUUCGUCGAUACCAUGCGUAAGCAGAACAAGCUUAUUCCCGGUAUCGGCCACAAAGUCAAGUCUCGUAAUAACCCGGAUUUCCGUGUCGAGCUUGUCAAGGACUUUGUCAAGAAGAACUUCCCCUCGACCACUCUUCUCGACUAUGCUCUAGCUGUUGAGGAGGUCACUACCUCGAAGAAGGACAACCUUAUUCUCAACGUUGACGGUGCCAUUGCCGUUUCUUUCAUUGAUCUCAUGAGAUCAUCUGGUGCUUUCACCCCCGAGGAGGUCGACGAGUACCUCAAGAACGGCGUUCUUAACGGUCUCUUCGUGCUGGGCCGUUCCAUCGGUCUCAUUGCCCACCACCUCGACCAAAAGAGACUCAAGACCGGUCUCUACAGACACCCCUGGGACGACAUUACCUACCUCGUCGGCCAAGACGCCGUCAGCUCCGCCAACAAGCGUGUCGAGGUCGACGCCAAGGGCGUUUCCAAGGCCAAGUCCAAGUAA